AUGUCAGCGUCGUUAGGCGGGAAAUCGCUAAAUCUGUGUCAUGGACCAAAGGAUGGUUUUGUUACAGUGAGGAAAAGAGAUUUAGAGAAGCUAACCACAGAAGUCAUGCAGCUGAGGGAGUUCCUGCCUAGAGUUCUGAAUGGGAACCUGAUUGAAAUGCUGCGCAAAGCUCAAGCAGCACAGACACUGAAGGAACAUCUUGCACAGGAACAGGAACAGCUGCGACAGGAGUGUCUUCAUCUUCAGUCCCGACUAGAUGCAGUGCAGACUGAAUGUCAGAAAGAGAGAGAGGAGAAGCUGUUGUUACGUGAGCAGCUGUGGCAGAGUGGAGCAGAGCUGCAGCAGCAGGCAGACUUCUGUUCUGGUCUGGGAUCUGCAGCCUGCAGCCUGCUGUGGAGUUGCUCUGCCCAGAAGGACACAGUCACUAACUGGCUGGCUGAUGGGAAGUUGCAGUCCUUCUUGGCUGUAGCUGCUCAGACUCUGGAGAGCUUCGUCAGGUCUCUGGAUGAAGAGGUGAAAACACAAACUGAAGACCACAACUCUCAGGAGCACCAGUUUGUUUUGGCUCUGGCUGGAACAAUCACUAACAUAGCAGCAGUAACAUGUGGGAGAGACUUCCUGACCAGCUCGGCUCACAUUCUGCUGGACACUCUGAUGAGACUGCUGGAGCUGAUGAAGCCUGGAGUCUUCCCCAAACUUAAAGUUUUGAUGCUGAUGGCUUUGUAUAACGUCAGCAUCAGUGUUAAAGGGCUGAAGUACAUCAGUGAGAACCCAGGCCUGCUGCCUCUCAUCUGGACCCUGCUGGAAGAUGGAGACUGGGAGGUAUGUCUACACUCUCUGCGUCUCCUGCAGUCAGUAUUAUUGGAGGAGGAGGCGCUGCUCCUGCUGGGCUCCUCUUUGCUGGAUCCAGAUUUCCAGACUCGUGUCAGCUUGCUCACCUCCAGUGUGCAGCCCAGCCUGAGACUAGCUGCCCAGCAGACCAUGGAAGACCUGCAAGCACUCCAACAGCCCGUGUAA